CCCCCCCCGCCCCCCGUCUUCUUCCGUCUUCCGAAAGAAUCUUUUAAGCGUCGGCGCCCCGCGGAUGAGGCCUACGCGAGUGACGCCUUCGGCCUUCGCGUGAAAUCAACAUAAAAUGGGCAAGAGCAAAGGUGGACGGAAGAAGGCCGUCGCAGUGGCACCCGUGGACUCUCCUAAGAGUGACUUCAUUGUCGAGAAGGUGCUGGACCGACGGGUGGUCAAAGGCCGCGUGGAAUAUCUGCUCAAGUGGAAGGGCUUCAACGAGAGCUUUGGAAAAGAGACGAUGGAAACGAAUUCCAAAGUGGAGCAGUGCGAGAGACCUGCAGUGUGCAGCAAUGACAACACCUGGGAGCCUGAGGACAACCUGGAAUGCCCGGAGCUGAUCAAUGUCUUUCUGGAAAAGCAGCGGCAAGCCAAAGAGCUGCUAAUCCAAGCAGACCGAAACAAGGGAAAGAGAAAAUCUGAAGAUAAAGACAGUGAUGACACAAAGAAGAUAAAAACAGAACCGAAGGGCUUCGAUCGUGGUCUGGAGCCAGAAAAGAUUAUUGGGGCCACAGACUCCUCAGGAGAGCUGAGAUUCAUGAUUAAAUGGAAGGGCUGUAACGAUGCCGACUUGGUCCCAGCCCGGGAGGCCAAUUUGAAGUGCCCCCAGGCAGUGAUCGCUUUCUACGAGAAGCGGCUCACCUGGAGCGCGGCCGACAAUGAUAAAGCCUAGGGGGGCGGGGUGGGGGGGGGAUGAGCGUUGUGACCUGUUGCGAGAGAGCCACCUUCUGUGUUGGCAUCAAAUUCCACCUUUCUUGUUUGAUUCGCUCUUCGUUAUUUGUUCUGUUAUGAGCAUUGCACUAAACUCCACCAACAAACGUGUAGUUUAGCCCUCAGGUGCUGUACGCAGAAUUAUUUAAUGUGUUGCUUAUGGUAUCUUACUAGGUCAUUCAAUAAUUCAUACAUUGUACACUGGGAGAGAUACAGCAAGUUGGUAGUCCACAAGCACGCACGACAAAAUAUGAUGACAGAUGUUAAUUUUACUGGGUCAUUUCACUGGCCAGUGUUUACUAUUUUGUGCACUCAGGAACGUUAUUAAAUACCUGACCACAAUUAGUCUUGUUUGCUGUCAUCCAUUUUAUAUUACAUUCCAAAAAAAUAAAUGCACUUUUAUUGCAAAGAGUGUUUUUGGAAGUUUAAUAUUUAAUUCAUUUCUUUGUUGUAAAUGCAAUUGUCUGCAGUGUUUGGGCAACUUAACAAAACUUUGGGUACUCAGGAACUGCAUAAAAAAUAUAGAAUUCAUAUUUUAUUUAGUUUGUCAGCAUCACAUAAUCAAACAUAUAAUUGUUCAUUUUAUUCCUGAAUCUUUUGAGCUGCAUAAUAUAAAUGUUACUGUUUUUAUUGUAGAGCAAUGGACAAAAGGGCAUUGCUGGAAAUAAAACAUUCUCGAUGAAUUAAUAACAUACAAGUUGUGCAAGCGCAGAAAAUCUUUUAACAUUUAAAAUAGGAAACAUGCAAACUGUUGCAAAUAGUUUUAAAAGGAAUACAGAUUUACAAGCAGGUAGGGUAAACUCAUUUAAAAUGUGUGUAAAAUAUUCUUGGCAAUGUGACAAAACAUUUAAUGAUAAUACGACUUGGGGGUAGGUUUGUACAGUAAUAACCCGGUUUACAUCUGGGAUGCAUCCCCGAGAGGUGCGACGACGAAAAUCACAAGCGAUUUUCAGUGCAGGAGGUGGAGGCAAAGGCUGAAGAGAUCGAUCAAGAUAAGAGAUGGAUGAUGAUGAUGCUGUCACGUGAUGUAAAUGCGGGUUGAGGCAACGCAAACCCAUGUAGCGGUGUUAACAACGUAACGACUUAUUCGUUCUUUCGCUAAAGUCGCGUAGAUAGAAAAAUAAUAAAUAUGAAGUGAAAUAAAAUUGAAUACAAAACUAAUGUAGGCUGUGGCUUGGUUCUAAUCGGAGCGAGUGUACUUGGCAGUCUAUUAUGUAGACUAGCAAUGGUUAUUAAGCUGGGUGAAUGUACUGGCAGUCUAUAAUGUAGACUGUAGCCUGGUUCUUAACCUCGGUGAGUGUACUGGCAGUCUAUAAUGUAGACUUAUUCUGGUACUUUCGGUAAUAAAAAAAUGAAUGAAAAUCUUUAAUUUUUUAUUACCGAAAACCAGAAUAAGUCUAGCGCUGGUUCAGUUUAACCAUUGCUGCAGUCUACAUUAUAGGCUGCCAGGACACUCCGAUUAGAACCAAGCUCCAGUCUACAUGAGUGUUUUCUUUAAUUUUAUUUUGAUUCACUUUUAAGAUUUUUUUUCUAUCUACCAAAUGAACCAAGAAUAUGAAUUCCUGCAGUCACAAAAGUAACGACGCAAAAGGGGGAGAUGUAAAUCAAGGUAUUGCUGUAUAUACGAUACAAAAACAUGAGCCAUAUACUGUUAAGAGCGUACAAUGAAGGUCCGGUGUUGACUUGAAAAGUUCUGGGAUCUGUGGAAGAGGUGAGGCGCCUUUCUCGCUGUGCGUUACCGUCUAAUGUAAUGUACUUGACCAAGUGGAAAAUACUACGUUUUGGUUUAUUCUAUUCAAAUCAAUUUUAUUGCAUAUGAUGUAUUGAUUAAAAAAAAACAUUUUCUUUGUGUUUUGAAAAGAAUUUUCGAUGCUAAAUAAAAGCAUCUUUUCACACUU